AGAGAGAGAGAGAGAGAGAGAGAGAGAGAGAGAGAGAGAGAGAGAGAACAGCAGGCAGAGAGCUCCGAUACACCCUCUACCGGAGAGAGAGAGAGACAGGGAGAGCUCACGGAACGGAAACCACUCUAUCCUCCCGGCGUAAUACCGGAGUCUUGUGAUUCCUCCCCGCGCGAAGUCAGUUGGAAGUCGAAGACUGAGCAGCCGUUGGUCACUCACACCGAACCGAGGAAGAAGGGAGAAAAUAACAGUUUUAUUAUCCUUCUGUCAGUUAGAUGCGAAGUAUAGGGAGGCAGAAAUUGAUCUUGUGACAAGACAGAAAAAUUGUUUAUCUCUCUCAAGUUAACCCUGCUACGGGGGGGGGGUUAACACUACGGCUGUCCGUUUCGACAUGGAUAAAGUUAUGCACUGUCUCUUGGCUGCUAUCAGCUUGCUUGUGACGAUACGAGGACAAGUCUAUAAAGGUGAUUGUGACUUUGACAAGCCUUUUGCAGCCUGCGGGUACAGCCAAGGGAGAGAGGACGAUCUAGAUUGGGAACAGGCCAACACCAGAGCGAAGCCCACAGCAGACCCCUGGAUGCCAACAGAUUCAGCCUUCAUGAUGGUCAAUACGUCGGGAUGUUUUGCUGGUCAGAAGGCCCUCCUCUUCACCCCCCAGCUAAAGGAGAAUGACACCCACUGCGUAAUCUUCGAGUACUUCCUGUCUGGGCGCGAGGGGGCGGGGCCGGGGCAGCUCAACGUGUACAUCAGAGAGAACAACAGUCCCUUGGGCAUGCCUGUCUGGAACGUGUCUGGGCCAGCUACUAGAGCCUGGGUACAGGUAGAACUGGCCAUCUCUACCUACUGGCCCAACUUCUAUCAGAUGGUGUUUGAAGUGGUGACCUCCGGCCAUCGCGGCCUGCUGGCCAUCAAAGACGUGGUGCUGCAGGGCCAUCAGUGCAUGAACACCCCUCACUUCCUGACCAUAAAGGGUGUAGAGGUCAACGCUGGACAGACAGCCGCCUUCCACUGUACUGUCAACGGACGACAGAGGGACAACUUCAACCUCUGGUUACAGGGUAUUGGUGGACGCGAGGCUCCUAUGAAGUCCACUAAGCCGUGGAACAACCGACGUUUCAUCGGGACCUUCGACGUGGAAAACACCACUAAGGGAGAUUCUGGACGCUACCGAUGUAUUGUCCAUUCUGACAACGGGGUCGGGGUGUCCAACUAUGGAGAACUCACCAUAAAACAGCCUCCGGUGCCCAUCGCUCCACCGCAGCUGACAGCGGUCGGCGCCACCUACAUGUGGAUCCAACUCAACGCUAACUCCAUAAACGGAGACGGGCCAAUCAUCGACCGAGAGGUGGAGUACCGUACCGUGUCAGGGACCAUGUAUGACCUGCAGCCAGUGGACAAGACCACUCAUAAGAUAGGUCACCUGACACCAGACACAGACUAUGAGAUCAGUGUGCUGUUGACCAGGCCCCUGGAUGGAGGGACUGGGGCCCCCGGGCCUCCUCUCAGGGCCAGGACCAAGUGUGCUGAGCCAAUCCACGGUCCCAGGCGUCUAGAGGUAGUUGACGUCCAAUCUAAACAAGUCACCAUUCGCUGGGAGCCGUUUGGCUACAACGUGACGCGUUGUCAUAGCUACAACCUAACGGUGCAGUACCGCUCCCGCGUGGCGGGGAAGGACGAGACCCGGGAGGAGGUGUGUUACGACACCCUGGGUCGCGACCCCCAGCACACCAUCCACAACCUGACCCCCUACACCAACCUGUCAGUCAAACUGGUCCUCAAGAACCCUGAGGGGGUGAAAGAGAGCCGAGAGAUGGAGCUACAGACGGAUGAAGAUGUACCUGGAACGGUCCCUCUGGAGUCCAUCCAGGGCAGUGCUUAUGAAGAGAAGAUAAUCGUGAAAUGGAGAGAACCAGCCCAGACCUACGGAAUCAUCACUCAGUACGAGAUCUCCUUCAAGGCAGUGAGCUCCUUUGAUCCUGAGCUGGAUUUAUCCAACCAGAGUGGGAAAGUCCUGAAACAUGUCAACGAGAGCAGCCACAUCUUCCUGGGUCUCUACCCAGGAUCUACCUACUCCUUUUCUCUCAGAGCCUCCACCGCCAAGGGCUAUGGCCCCCCAGUCAUCACACAGUUCACCACCAAGAUAUCAGCUCCCUCCAUGCCAGCCUAUGACCAGGAGACAUCUCUAAACCAGACAGACAGCACAGUGACUGUCCUGCUGAAACCUGCACAGAGCCGAGGGGCACCUGUCAGUGUAUACCAGGUGGUGGUAGAAGAGGAGAGGCCUCGGAGGGCGAGGAGGGGUGCGGUUGAGAUUCUCCGCUGUUACCCUGUCCCCAUCCACUUCCAGAACUCCACGGUCCUAAACUCCCAGUACUACUUCACAGCUGAGUUCCCAGCCGUGGGGCUACAGGCUCCUCAACCCUUCACUGUGGGAGACAACAAGACCUACGGUGGUUACUGGAACGCCCCCCUACUGCCUCAGAAGAGCUACAGCAUCUACUACCAGGCUGUCAGCACGGCUAACGGGGAGACCAAGAUUGACUGUGUCCGAGUCGCCACCAAAGCUGCCAUACUGGUGACUCAGCUCACUACUCCGUACAUCCGCAUCGCGCCUGCGGCUGGUGACGACCAACUAACAGGAGAGGCCACUCAUAAGCCUGACGCAGUGGAACCAGAGAAACAGACAGACAACACAGUGAAGAUAACCGGCGUCAUCGCUGGCAUCCUCCUCUUUGUCAUCAUCUUCCUCGGAGUCAUCCUCCUCCUGAAGAAAAGAAGAACCUACCACUCCUACACUUACUACCUGAAGCUGGCUAAGAAACGUAAAGAGACGUUGAGCAGCACUCGACAGGAGAUGACGGUGAUGGUUAACUCUAUGGAUAAGAGUUAUACGGAGCAGGGGACAAACUGUGACGAGGCCUUGUCCUUCAUGGACACACACAGCCAAACCCUCAACACCAGGAGUGAGUGUACCCUCACCCUCAAUGGCCGUAGCGAGUGUACCCUCGCCGUCAAUGGCAGAACUGCAUCUUCCCCCUCGUCCUUCACUCUGAAUAAGUCUAAUACUCUCAAUUCAACACUGCCCAAGUCCUACUACCCAGAUCCCUUUGUGCCAACUGCUAUCUUAGACGACAGCCAGACGAUGGGUGGUGGUGGUGGUAGCUGCAGUGACACCAGUAGUCUGGUCCAGUCUCACGGCCACUCCCUGAGAAAGAGAGAGGGGACUGUAGACACGCCCUACCAGACAGGCCAGCUCCACCCUGCUAUCAGAGUUGCUGACCUGCUUCAGCACAUCACACAGAUGAAGUGUGCGGAGGGAUACGGCUUCAAGGAGGAGUAUGAGAUCAAUGAGAGCUUCUUUGAGGGACAGUCCGCUCCGUGGGACUCCGCUAAGAAAGAUGAGAACCGCAUGAAGAACCGAUAUGGGAACAUCAUUGCAUAUGAUCACUCCCGAGUCAGACUCCAGCCCCUGGAGGGAGAGCAGAACUCUGAUUACAUUAAUGCAAAUUACGUUGAUGGCUACCACAGGCCGAACCAUUACAUCGCUACCCAAGGUCCCAUGCAGGAGACGGUGUUUGACUUCUGGGGGAUGGUGUGGCAGGAGAACACUGCUGCUAUCGUCAUGGUCACCAACCUGGUUGAAGUGGGCAGGGUGAAGUGCUGUAAGUACUGGCCGGACGACACAGAGAUCUACAGAGACAUCAAGGUGACGCUCAUAGAGACACAGCUACUGUCAGAAUACGUCAUACGGACCUUCGCUGUCGAGAAGAGAGGAGCACAUGAGAUCCGGGAGAUCCGUCAGUUCCACUUCACAGGGUGGCCGGACCACGGGGUGCCCUACCACGCUACUGGCCUCCUGGGCUUCGUACGUAGGGUGAAGGCCAAGACACUCAGCAACGCUGGACCCAUGGUCAUCCACUGCAGCGCGGGGGCGGGCCGAACAGGCUGUUUCAUAGUGAUUGACAUCAUGCUGGACAUGGCAGAGAGAGAGGGCGUGGUGGACAUCUAUAACUGUGUCAGAGAGCUACGCUCCAGGAGGGUCAACAUGGUGCAGACAGAGGAGCAAUAUGUCUUCAUUCACGACGCCAUCUUGGAGGCUUGUCUUUGUGGUGACACCACCAUUCCGGCCAAUCAGCUGCGCUCGGUCUACUAUGAAAUGAACCGAUUGGACCCCCAGACCAACUCCUCCCAGAUCAAAGAGGAGUUCAGGACUCUGAACAUGGUGACUCCUACGUUGCGUGUGGAGGACUGUAGUAUCGCCCUGCUCCCCAGGAACCAUGAGAAGAACCGCUGUAUGGACGUCCUUCCUCCUGACCGCUGUCUGCCCUUCCUCAUCACCAUCGACGGAGAGAGCUCCAACUACAUCAACGCUGCUCUUAUGGACAGUUAUAAACAGCCGUCAGCGUUCAUUGUGACCCAACAUCCUCUGCCCAACACAGUGAAGGAUUUCUGGAGGCUGGUGUUGGAUUACCACAGUACCUCCAUAGUGAUGCUCAAUGAUGUCGACCCUGCACAGCUCUGUCCUCAGUACUGGCCAGAGAAUGGGGUGCAUCGCCAUGGGCCAAUCCAGGUGGAGUUUGUCUCAGCUGACCUGGAGGAGGACAUAAUCAGUAGAAUAUUCCGGAUCUACAACGCAGCACGGCCUCAGGACGGGUACCGUAUGGUCCAACAGUUCCAGUUCCUGGGCUGGCCCAUGUACCGAGACACGCCCAUGUCCAAACGCUCCUUCCUGAAGCUCAUCAGACAGGUGGACAAAUGGCAGGAGGAGUAUGAUGGAGGAGAGGGCCGCACUGUGGUGCACUGUCUUAACGGAGGAGGCCGCAGUGGGACGUUCUGUGCCAUCAGUAUUGUUUGUGAGAUGUUGCAACAUCAACGUUCUGUAGACGUUUUCCACGCCGUCAAAACACUGAGGAACAACAAACCCAACAUGGUCGACCUACUGGAUCAGUACAAGUUCUGCUAUGAAGUGGCUCUGGAGUACUUAAACUGUGGAUAAAGAACAGUCUCAGCCUGGACGCAGAACUAUGAACGACACGGAGGGGAGGGGGGACUUUAUAGACAAGACUGCAGCACAGAACGACCUGUGUUUUUCAUGAUCAAACAACUGGAGCAAGACGAACACGCUUCCACAAACACACCCACAGCUCUGUCUUUCUUAGCUUGAUCAGCUAGAUGAGAAGGUAACAGAGGUGAGGUGUACUGUAGUCUCUAUAUAGUUCCACCAGUAUCUGAUCUGCUACCAGGAAGUGUUCAGUCUCUAUAUAGUUCCACAAGUAUCUGUCUUUAUCUGCUACCAGGAAGUGUUCAGUCUCUAUAUAGUUCCACAAGUAUCUGUCUUUAUCUGCUACCAGGAAGUGUUCGGUCUCUAUAUAGUUCCACCAGUAUCUGUCUUUAUCUGCUACCAGGAAGGAUUCAAGAGCACAAUGUUUUACACUGCAGUGUGUAACGUCUUAUCUGGAAUCCUUGCCCUGACUCAAAAUCAACCCCUACACCCUACACCCUAGCCCCUACACCCUAGCCACUACACCCUAGCCCCUACACCCUACACCAUUUCACCAGGUCAAAUUCCUCGUACAUGUAAAUCAGGGUUUCUUGAAAGACGGAACAAUCCCAACUCCCAAUAUUUUUUUCUUCAUAAUAACAACAUUUUAAAUAUAUAUUUUAAUAAACCAAAGUAUUAGCUAUCACACCUUUGUAAAGGAACAACCUCCUAAUUAUAACCUUUUUUUCAUAAAAUGCAACUAAUUGGAUUUAUGUCAACUCCUUCACACACCAUAAAAGGCAUUUUAUUUUUACUGUCCAACGAGUGUUUAAUGGCCUUGAUUGUUUCAUUCUAACAUUAGCUUGUAAUACAGAUCUCAAUGUCUUUUUUUGUUUUGUUUUAUACCACUGUAUAAUUCUCCAGGGUUCAUUUCAUUAGCAUUUUGGCAUGUUUUUCUAGAUUAAGAAAAUAAAACAAGAUUUAUAAAGUAAGCUUUAUCUUGUUUUUCUAGCUCAGCAAACAGUUCAAUAGUUUAAGCAUAUUUUGCAGGGCUAUUAUUAACAUAUUGUUUCAGAAUAUAAAAUAUAAUAUAAUAUAUAUAUAUACUGUAAUAUAUACUGUAAUAUAUAUACUGUAUAUAUAUAUACUAUAUAUAUCGUAAGUGGGUUAGCAAUAAGUGACAGAGUUGCCAAGCAACUGACGGUGGUCACUUAUUUGUCUAUAAAAAAAAUAAAAGUUCAAUACAAUUUUUUGUACAAUUAUUUAUUUGAAAAAUUCCUAUCAAAAACAUGAUCAGAUCUUUCAGAUUUUCUGACGGAGUUGAUGUUGUACAGAGUUGACAAAUUGCAUAUUUUUUUCCUAAUUUAUUCAAGUGGUAUAUACUAUGUAGCAAUUUUGUUUUUCUCUCAUUUGCUUUUUUGGCUCUAAAACGUAAUUAAAUGUAACAUAUUUGAACCAAAAAUCAUAUUCUAUGUUAAUCUGUAAGGUAGAUGGAGUUGACAGGUUAUUAUGGUUGUGAGGGAUUAAUAAUGUUUGUUUAAUGUAGCUGCCCCUUCUCGUUCCUGAUUAAUUUAGGAUUUUAGACAAGUGCUGACCAAAACUCCGAACACGUCUUUUAUGAGUCACAUUUUUUUAGAUAAAUAUUCCUUGAAGUCAGAGAAGGCUAUUGCAAGAAAAUACAUGAUAUCCGAUUUCAGUUAAUAUCCAUUAUUGUUUGUUUUUAGAUUUUUAAACACUUUUGGGGGGAGUUUGAAAUUGUGGUCCUUUGCUCCAGACAAGGACAUUUCACAGAGCCGACAUGGAAAUUAAUAAUAUUGCAAAUAUUUAGGAAAAUUACCGUGAAAAAAUAUUUUUCUCCUAAAUGUCAUUUUUUCAAUUUAAAUAAUUAAACUAAUUCCAUUUCUUUCAAUUAUAUAUUUUUUUUGUUUCCCUGCUCCCGACUGGCGCUGUGGUCUAAGGCACUGCAUCUCAGUGCAAGAGGUAACACUACGACAGUCCCUGGUUCGAAUCCAGGCUGAAUCACACAAUUGGCACCAGCAUCGUCCAGGUUUGUCCGGGGUAGGCCAUCAUUGUAAAUAACAAUGAAUUCUUAACUGACUUGCCUAGUUAAAUAAAAAAAACUGUAAAUAAAAAAAGAUUGUCCUGAAUUUCAAGAAUCCCUGAAUAACAUUCUGAGUGUAGAUUUGAGAUGAUACUGUAGCUCCACCUUUCGCUAUGCAGCUUAAACCUCCUCAUUGUUCUCAGAUCAACACUGUGACUACAGGCUAGAAGAGAAGUGUCUAAGGGUCAGGGGUCAGUUUGGGACAGGGUGCCUCUCUCGCUCUCUCUCUCUCUCUUGCUUGUGGUUCUGUGAUUUUGUUCUUCUAUUUUCAUCGGAUGACAACAACAACAAGAUCAAAAAAACUUUCCAGUUUCUGGUGGAAUGCCGUUCUAUACUGUACGUAACGUGUUCAUUUUUAUCUCUCUCUCUCUCCGUCCGAAUCAUGUUUUACUACAAGUUUAAAUAACAUUAUAGAGAUCAUUUACAUAGGAAGUUUUAAAAAAAUGCCUAAAUGUUACUAAAUGUCCUGUAAAAUAUGAAUUAUAUACAAGUAAUGGUAUUAUUAUUAAUUAUUAUUAUUGGUUGUUGAUUUAAAGCAUCAGAAGAGGAAGGUAUUCGGUACAAUUAUAGAAAUAGGAUGACUAGAACGGAGGUGCCAUUCAAGUUCAAUGGGGUCUAAGAGGUGGACCGGCAGCCAUGAUUCUAUUUCUAUGGGAACAAUGUAUCUGUAUUAAGCUUCCGUUCUAUCCUUCCUGUUUCCAUGGAUCCCCCAAAAACUUUUUGCACUUCCAUUUUGUUGUGCAUAUUGUAAAUAUCUCUGUACAUUAUUUAUUUGCAGUCUUUAUGUAAUAAUGGUGAAUGACAGUUUUAAAAGUGACAAUCAUCUUUUAAUGGGUUUAUUGAUUUGAUUAUGUUUUUUUGUUUUUUGUUGUCAUUAUUGUACGAUGGAUAAAUUACACUGUAAAAACAUAUAAAUGUAUCUACAGUAUCAAAAAAAUGA